UUCUGGCCCAUCUCGCCGCCGAGCGCCCCAUCCCCCCCCCCCGCUCGUCUGACUCCUAGCGCAUGACUGACUCCGGCCACGCAAGCGCCGCCGCCGCCUCCGGUUGAUCUCCCCUUCGAUUCUCUAGCUCCCGACCGUUUCUCCUCCCAUCACCCACGAACCGAUUCUGCCUAUUUAGCUCCCCGAUUCAUCUCCUUACUCCCCAAUUCGCAACUGAGGCAAAAAUCAAGGUAACCUUGCCCUACUGGGUCCUCCGCCCAUGCGGUCCUCCCCCUCCAGGUAGCCGCCUUGUUGUCGCACCGUCCAAGAGCUAGCACCGCACAAUGGAGGAAGAGCACAUAGAGCCACCGCCGUACAUACAUAUCGAGACUAACGAUUUCUUGCACAGAAGGCACAAGCGGCAGAAAGAGGAAGACAUAGCUGUAUGUGAGUGCCAGUACAAUCUGAUGGAUCCGGAUAGUGCGUGUGGCGAGAGGUGCUGGAAUGUCUCGACUAACACAGAAUGCACUCCUGGUUAUUGCCGCUGUGGCGUAUAUUGCAAGAACCAGCGAUUUCAAAAAUGUCAAUAUGCUAGGACAAGGUUGGUAAAAACUGAAGGGCGUGGAUGGGGUCUUUUGGCCGAAGAGAAUAUUAUGGCUGGACAAUUUGUUAUUGAAUAUUGUGGAGAAGUAAUAUCAUGGAAGGAAGCCAAGCGGAGAUCUCAAGCAUAUGAAGACCAGGGUUUAAUGGAGGCUUACAUUAUUUACCUCAACACUGCUGAGUCUAUUGAUGCAACAAAGAAAGGGAGUCUUGCCAGAUUUAUCAACCAUUCGUGCCAACCAAACUGUGAGACAAGGAAAUGGAACGUCCUUGGGGAAGUAAGAGUUGGCAUAUUUGCAAAACAAGAUAUUCCUAUUGGAAUGGAAUUAUCCUAUGACUACAACUUUGAGUGGUUUGGUGGUGCGAUUGUGCGCUGCCUCUGUGGAGCUGCCAGCUGUUCCGGGUUUCUUGGGGCUAAAUCACGUGGUUUCCAGGAGGCCACAUACUUGUGGGAAGAUGAUGAUGACAGGUUUUCUGUUGAGAAUAUCCCAAUUUAUGAUUCUACUGAUGAAGAACAUACAAGCAUUCCCAAGGACAUCCUUUUAGCAAAAAAUGAGCCAAUUACCCAGAGAAGCAACAACAGCACAGUCCAGAGCACUGAGAAUCCUGGUAUAGCAAUUUCAAAUGAACUCAUGGCAAUGACUGUUGAACCAUUGAUGGCAGGCUCAAAUGAACUCACGCCAAUGACUGUUGAGCCAUUGAUGGCAAGCUCAAAUGGACUCACACCAAUGACAAUUGAACCAUUGAGAGCUAUUCCAAUGGGAGUUGAUUUUGUUGAGAAUGGAUCAACUGAAUACGGUGCACAAUAUGCUGACGAUGUUCUUGAAAAUUCAGCUCAUAGAGUUGCAAAGCUCCAGAAUCAAAGUUCCCCCCAGAGCAAGAACCACCAUACAGAGUUGGUUCCAGUGAGAUCCAAACCCAAAUUUCGUGGUGGAAAAGCUAAACGUGGUCUACGCAAGCAACUGAACGUUGCGGAUAUCUGUGACCGGUUAUCAUCAGCUGUGGCACGCGAGGAGAUAUUGUACUGCGAGGAAGUGAAGAAGCAGGCCACUGCUGAAAUUGACUCCCUGUACGAUGAGAUCAGGCCAGCAAUUGAAGAACACGAGAGGGACAGCCAAGACAACGUGUCUACAAGCCUCGCAGAGAAGUGGAUCGAGGCCAGCUGCUGCAAGUACAAAGCUGAGUUUGAUCUAUCUGCUGCCAUUAUCAAGAACAUGGCAUCCACACCCCUACGAGGAAAAGAAGACGUGAUCCCCGGAGAACGGAAUGGACUGUUAUACCUGCAAAACGGUACCUGAUUCAGCUGGAAGCGCGAGUUUGUGAGCAAUCAUUGGAAAACCAGUGGUGAUAGCUAUGCGAAUAGUUUAGAUUUGGAAACCCGCCUAGUUGAUAUUAUUAUUUAGAUUCAAAGUGUUGUAAGGUGAUAAUUUUCCUCAAUAAAUAUGCAGCAAUCCGGUUAACAUUUUGUUGCAUCCUA